GAUUGCUUGGACGACUAGUACCGACUAUAUUCCGAUCAACCAAGUUUCUCUAUACGAAGAAUCAUUUUUCCCUUUAGAAACGCCCCCCGUCUUAUUUUAAACCAAUCCCACCUGCACUCAGCUGAUGGUCAGCCCUUUUUUCCCUGUUCAGCUCUUUGGCCUUUUUUGGGUGUUUGACCCGUAGUCACAGCCCUCUCUCAAAUGGGUUUAAAAUGAGAAAAACGAGCCCAAUAACCGAAUGAAGAGUCUCCUCCCACGUUGGCGGGGGGCAUUCUUUGGUUCCGACCUGCUUAAAACCACCGGGUCGAGUCCACACGAGUCUUCUCGAAUCCAGGUCUGCUCGAAAGAACUCGAAGUCGAGGUCUUCUGAGUUUAUCAUUUUUUCUUAAAUUACCAGUAUUGUCAACUGGGCAUUUAUUACUAUCACCUGCGUAUAUUCCCCACGACCGAAACGCUCAGAGCCGAAGCCGAUCGGGGACUUCCAUCCCGCAAUCUCCCUUAGCUCAUCAUCGGGCGGCGUCAAAGUUUCUUUUUUUCUCCCCUCGACCACCACCACCACACCCCGUCAUCGCCAUCUCUCUUCUUUCCCUUUCCUCCUCCCGCUCCCCCACCCGACUUUCGCCUCGCCUUCUUAUCUUCUGGCGGAGCUUUCGUUGAUGGAAACGCAAUGGCUGCUGCGAGUGGAACUGAGUUGCACGCCGACGGCGACAUGAAAUCGCCCAAUUCCAGCCCCGAAGACGACAUCCCAGACCAGAUUGGGUCAAACGGGUCCACUCCUACGGGCAUCGCAACCCCUCAGCCCGAUCCCGCGGACAAGCGUCUACCUUCCAUCAUGCAUAACUACUUCCAGGUUGGUUCUUUCUCUGGUGAUAAAGCGAAUUUGCCUCGAUUCUGGUCAUAUCUCUCGAAGCCUUCGUGGGACCCCUCUCCAUCACAAACACCCCCAUCUUCCACCUCCCCCACCACCACUCAUCACCCGGGCACUUCCUCCGAGUCCUUCGUUAUGAUGGAGCGGGAGGAUGGAGAGGGGUCUGAUCAAAUGGAGGUGAUACCUACCACCAACUUGCCCACUCCGCCGCAUUCUUUACUCCAACAGGAGUCGGACGAGAUGGACCUUGCGUCGAGUCUCGAGAAGAAUGACGGGUCUUCAAUAUUUCAUAUCCUCAAGAAAUAUCUCGCCCCCCACACCACCACCGCCCCUCCUACUCGCCGUCAAACUUCCCUACCAGUUUCCAGCGUCUCUGAUGACCCCGUUCUUGCUUCACAUUUCUCCAAUCCAUCUAUUCCUUCUGCUUCUUCAGAUGCCUUCUACCCUUCCGAAGCUCCCUUGCUCGACCACGAGAUGCCGCAUGUUUCCAUUUCUUCCGAGAAUCUUGCAAAGCUGACUGGAAACGCACCCGAUGGGGUGCGUCUCAAGAAUACCCCGCCGUUGACUCCCCGGGCCAUGUCCAACGAGGACCAACCGGCCGAUAAGAAGCCGGUUUCCUCCACGCCACUCGCCAGCGGAUCCAAGGAGUCGCAAGAGGAACAGCCACAGCAAGAGCAACAACCACACUCGGAUGGUAUGGACAGUUCUACCGACGAGAUCGCCACGAAACUCGACGAGGCUUUCCCUCGCCAAGCCACCGCCUCCCCUCAGAAUGGAGCUCCCGUGGGACCCUUGAAGGGAAAAUUGUUUGUGAAGAUCUCCGAGGCUCGUGGAUUGCGGCCUAGUUUCGAUCCCUAUGUCGUAUGCGUAUUCGAGUGGAAUGAGUAUAUCUCUAAGGGUGCCCGAUCUGGGGAAGAGGAGAAGAAACGGCGGCAGAUGCAGUCGGAUGCCGAGGCUGGUAUACCCAUGGCCAUUCCGAUGAAAAGCCGCCAAAGUAGCUACAACAGUGCUCUAGACGGUCAUGAUCACAAGGGUCGAAGCCCCGUGACGGAUCCCCAUUGGGAUCAUGAGGCGGUCUUUGAUGUACUCGGCGACCAGUCCGAGGUCGAUGUUACCGUUUACGACCGCAGUAACCAAGAGGCGUUCCUCGGUCACGUGCGCCUUGCCAUCAACCUGAAGGAAGAUCACAGCCGGCUGGAAGGUUGGUUCCCUCUGGUUGCUCGUGCUGCUGGAGAUAGUCAGGUGUCGGGUGAAAUUCAUUUGCAGAUGCGAUUCGAGAUGACGGAGCGCAGACAGGUGGGCCCGAACGACUUCCACAUCCUGAAGCUUAUCGGCAAGGGAACCUUUGGCCAGGUCUAUCAGGUCAAGAAGAAGGAUACUGAGCGGAUUUACGCCAUGAAGGUCCUCUCCAAGAAGGUGAUCAUUCAAAAGAAGGAGGUGAUACACACGUUGGGCGAGCGCAACAUCCUCGUGCGCACUGCAAUGACGGCUUCGCCGUUUAUCGUUGGACUGAAGUUCUCGUUCCAGACCCCGACGGAUCUCUACCUGGUCACGGAUUACAUGUCUGGCGGUGAACUGUUCUGGCAUCUCCAACGAGAGGGCCGCUUCCAGGAGGCCCGUGCCAAAUUCUACAUUGCCGAGUUGAUCUUGGCACUGCAGCAUCUGCACGAUCACGAUAUCGUGUACCGUGACUUGAAGCCGGAGAACAUCCUGCUUGAUGCAAACGGUCACAUUGCCCUGUGCGACUUCGGCCUUUCCAAGGCUAACCUGAGCCAAAACGACACUACCAACACUUUCUGUGGUACCACCGAGUAUCUUGCCCCGGAGGUGUUGCUGGAUGAGCAAGGAUACACCAAGAUGGUUGAUUUCUGGUCCUUGGGAGUUUUGGUCUUUGAGAUGUGUUGCGGUUGGAGUCCGUUCUACGCCGAAGAUACCCAGCAAAUGUACAAGAAUAUUGCUUUCGGCAAAGUGCGGUUCCCCCGCGAUGCGCUUAGCACCGAGGGUCGGAAUUUCGUCAAGGGUCUGCUGAACCGGAAUCCAAAGCACCGACUUGGUGCCAAUGGAGACGCAAAGGAGCUCAUGGCACACCCCUUCUUCAGCGAUGUCGACUGGGAGGCGCUGGGCCGCAAGCAGGUCAUCCCUCCGUUCAAGCCAAAGCUGCAAUCCGAUACCGAUACCUCCAACUUCGACCCGGAGUUCACCAAUGCCCUGGAGACCAACAACUCCCUGCAUGAGCGCGCUGCCGCUCUCGCGAAUGGCUUGAUGCCCGGAUCGACCCCUCUCUCUCCCGGCAUGCAAGCCAAUUUCAAGGGCUUCACUUUCGUGAACGAGAGCUCUAUUGACCAUCACCUUAAGCACGACCCUGCUGACCGGAUGGACGAGGACCCCGUGCACGAGGAGUCGUGGCAGCGGACGCACCGGGCCACCAACUCGAACGAUCAGCGCAUGAGCGGUGUUCAGAAGACGGACGGAACUGAGCCAGGGAUCUUCAACGUUGACGAUAAUUUUGACAUGUGAUUACGUAUCUCCUUUUGUUCUCUCUCUCUCUCUCUUUUCCCUUUCGUCUCUCAUUGCAUGAUCAUGGAGUCCUGAUCCGGCAUAAAUCUUGUGUCCUUGUCCCUUGUCUUGUACAUGUUGUCCCUGUAUGCAUGGUCCUGGUAGCCCGCAGCAGAGUAUGGGGGCCUUCUCUAGUCCUGUUCUCAUCACGUUUGUCUCAUCUUACGUGUCCCUCGACUACCUUUGCUUCUUCUUUUAAUGCGCCACGUCGUGUUCUUCUUUCUCUCUCUCUGCCCGGGUGGUGGUUUUGGUUUCUGGCUUCAUCUUGACAUCGAUCUUGAUUUCCAACUUGCCUCUUAUCUCUUCCUCGUCUCCGUGUGGCCUUUGCUUCUUCUUCCCACGCCUCGUACGUCUUUUCCGCAAUCAUGCUCCUGCUCUUGUUCGUGUUCCUGUUACUUGUCUGCUCUGACAGAUGAAGAUUGCCGGCUUCAAUCACGGUCUUGAUGAUUGUGUCCCCAAUUGUUUCACCCCCGCGUCUGUUCGGCAGUUCAGCUACAUACAUACCCCCGUCCCUUUGAUUCCUGAGUUUUUUGGUAGUGCUCAGGAGGGCUUGCAUUUUUCUUUCCUACUUUCUGCGCUGAAUCGAUAUUUCGUGGUUUAUGGUUCUGAUUCCUGGUUCCCUGGGUUUUCUUUCUUCGUAAAUUAUUCCUCAAAAAAUUAGGAAGGGGAUUUGCAUUUACCUUUUAGGACUGAAUCUACUGGAGACUAUCUUGCUCAGAAACACUUCACUAGUACCGGUACCUAAAUCAUUACGCUGCUCACUGAUAUGCAAUCCAUACGCAGCAGCUCGAAAAUCUAAA